UAUUUCCGAGACAAACGCUGAAACGGGACGGGGCAUGACUUUGUCAAGCUUGUUUUGAGCACAAUAUUUUUCCAUUCACCUGAAUCGAUAACUGCUUCGCCACCAAAAUGUCUCUUCUCAGAGCCGUCAGACUCAACGUAAAAACUCACGUGUUGUGUAGAAAUAUUAUAGCGCGGUUUGCAUCCAGUCAUACUGAUGGAGAGACACGGAUCACACGAAUAUUACAAGAGAAGUUUCCUCACGCUUCGUCGCUCAAAGUUGUGGAUAUAUCCGGAGGUUGUGGUGCAAUGUAUGAAAUACACAUCGAAUCUGAUGAAUUUAGAGGAAAGAGAACAGUUCAACAGCACCAAUUAGUAAACCAGGCUCUUAAAGAUGAAAUUAAAGCCAUGCACGGUCUACGCAUAUUCACUGAUGUUCCUGGAAAGUAAAUUAUUCUUUGCAUCAUUUUCACCUCAUGUUUGUCAGUGUUGUCUCACUGAAACUAUAUAUUACGCACUUCACUCUGUCUUUUUUUUUUUUGGUUAAAUUAUACAGAUUUAUAAUAGUGUUUGAUGGCAGGGAAAUGCUUUAUAUAUUUUAUGAAUGGAUAUGUUCCACAAAUCCUGUAAUACGCACAAAAUAAAAUAACUGUGUUUUUGCCCUGUAAAUGAG